UACUCUCGGUUACCACAACAUGAAAUCUUGAUUUAAAAUUCAGUUCCAAUGUUACAUAGUAGCCACCACGUCUAUCACAAAGUUCAAUAUCCGCUCUAUAUAAAAAAAUGCGACAUUCCACAAUCUUCAUCCAACAAACAACUUUCAUUCUUAUUGCCAUCAAGUUUCCAGCAAAUCAACAAAAAAAAAAUGGCAAACAAUCAAUUUACAACCAUCAUUUUAAUCCUUCUCCCGCUGGCCUUCCUAGUGGCAGCGACCAUCGCCCACGAGGUACCCGCCAAGCAAGACAAAACCGCCACAGUUGUUGUGGAAGGAAAAGUAUACUGCCAAAGUUGCAAAUACUUUGGUUCGUGGUCUCUCACCGAUGCUGAGCCAAUCCCGGCUGCUAAAGUUAGUGUCAUAUGCAAAAACCACAAAAGGAGAGUGAGCUAUUACAAUGCAUUUGAGACCGAUAAAGAUGGUUACUUUUAUGCAGAGCUUAAAGAUUUCAAGAUGUCCCAUUAUUUAUUAGACCAUCCUCUCCAUUCUUGCCAUGUGAAAUUGGUGUCAUCUCCUCUUCAAACAUGCAAUCUUUUGUCAAAUGUCAACAAUGGUAUCAAUGGCUCUCCUCUAAGAUUUGAGAACAAGGUAGUGUAUGGAAACAACUAUGAAGCAGUCGUUUAUGGAUCGGGUCCAUUGGCUUUUCGUCCUACUAAUUGUGGCCCGGAACCCACGGACUAAACUUGAUCAAAGUAUUCGAUUUUAUAACCAUCAUAUAUGUAUCCGAGAUGAUUUUGGUUUCUUGUUGAUUAGACCUAGCUAAUAUAUAACAAUCUUCUUUUUAAGUGAA